CUGAAUGCAGAUAAGGGGUGCAAAGGGUUUUUGUGAUAUGCAGGUUUUUUUAAAAAAUGUAUAUUGACUUGAAAGUCUUUAGUAAAAAAAAAAAAGUGAGAUAAACGCUUCCCGGCUUCUUUAGGCAUGGGUGUGCAGUUUGCUUUGCAUCAGGUCUGAGUAAUACAUCUUGAGGAAGGAGAAGUUGAUAGUAACUGGAAUUAUAUUUGAGUUUCUAAUAAAAUCCAGUGGGCAGGAAUGGGCAUUAAUAGGCGCCUUCUGGGUUUGCUGAAGUAGUUUCAUAGGGCUUUAUUGUACUCUAGAUCCCCUUAAGCUUUUAGCUUUUCCUAGGUAAAUUGCCUGCUGUGAAUAUUCUGAUAAUAGGAAAACCUAAAGCACCUGUAGCCAGGAUGAAGACAAGAUGAUGGGCCCGGGGUUACACUUACUUAGUAAUCCAAAAGUGCUGAUAAUUUAUUUUAAAUAAAUCAUACUUUUUCUUUUAGUCUUCCUAAUCACAACAGAGAAUAUAAAUAGUGUUUCAAGUGUAAUCAUUCCACAACAGAGAUUAUAGAUUGUGAAAUAUAUAUGAUGCCUUGGUGUCAUAUCCCAAGUCUGCAGGAGUGUUUUGUAAGUUUCCCACUGACAUUUCUCCCUUAGGGCAUUAAACAUUAAGAGGCUGCAAGUUCCUGUUAGUGUCGUAACUUUGAGGCAAUAUGUGUGAGUUAUGAUCCAGCAUGGUAACAGGGUCAUAAUUUAAUACUGCGAUAGCAUUUUGGUAAUCAGUUGAGGAAACACUUUUUAUGGAGUGUGGAUUUCCACAUAAUUGCUUUCAGUGAUAGUUUGAAAUAAAAUAAAUUCCAUCCCUAGCCAAAUCAUAUAUAGAGGUAUAUCAAAAAUGAUAAUAAUUUACCAAAUAUAUCUGAAAGUCAUAAAAGAGCCAAUUUAGUAAUGAGCAUUAAUUUGACAAUAAUUAUUUCAGAAUUCAACCCUGAUUCCCUUUAAAAUAUAUACAGUGUAAUGUUCUGAGAAGGGAUUGGGCUAGAAAGUGAUGAUAUAAGGUACAGCUACUUCCUUUAUAUAGUGAACUUUGAACCAUCUUUUUGAUAUAAGUGUCAAAUGUUAAUAACACCCACAAUAAUUUUUACUUGUGAAACUUAAAAGAUUAGCUGUUUUCCUGUGUGUGGUACAAUAAGUGAAAGCUAUUUCUAAGAGGGAAAAAGGGAAAGGAAAAUCAGACAGUGAUUACAGGUUGUGUAGGUUGUUAUCUUGAUCAUAAAGAUUAAUGAUACUCAAUCUGGUGCACUCCAGUUGAAGUGGGAUUUACCAGAGAGUUGAAAUCCCAAUGCUUCUGGACAUUAAAUUGCCCAGGUGGGUGCAUUAUUACAUAGUGACCUUUAAUAAGAAAAAGGUAAUUUAAAUUGUAAGUAUUUAAUGUAUAUGUUAAAGUUGCCUGUGAAAAAAGUUUAUUAGGACAUAAUUCUGACUCUUAUCCCAUCAGUUAAAAAGUGCUUCUUUUCAACUCAUUUUUAUUAAGUUCGUUCUAUGGAGUAAUCAUUCUGAUGUAUUGCUUAAAGUUAUUCUGAUUUCCAGAUAUGUUUGUAUCUAAACUACCAUAUUGAUAAAACCUAAUAUUUAUUUUUUUAAAAAAUUAAGUGUAUGUCUGCAAUAAAAUAAAUGUAAGUAUAAUGUAAUUAAGUUGAGCACAGUUAUUAAUGGAAAAAUAGACAUUUGUGAAUUUUUUUAUACAUGACCGUGCAUUGUUUUAGAUUUUUCCUCUUUGUACUUAGGUUAACUUUGCACGGAAAAAAUGCUGUAUGCAGUUUUGGCAGCAAAAUAGGCUUUACAAUGGUUGAUACCGAAAUGCCGUUUUGGCCCAUGAACUUUGGUAUUAGCCCAGUCGAUCUUUCUACAAUGGAUGAACACUCCCAUACAUUUGACAUAAAGCCCUUCAGCACCGUUGAUUUUUCCAGCCUUUCUUCUCCACAUUAUGAGGACCUCCCUCUUGCAAGAACUGACCAGAUAGCCCUUGACUAUAAAUAUGAUGUGAAAUUUCAAGAUUGUCAAAAUGCAAUUAAAGUGGAACCUCCAUCUCCACCAUAUUUCUCAGAAAAACUUCAGAUGUACAGUAAACCUCAUGAAGAAGCCUCUAGUUCUCUCAUGGCUAUUGAAUGCAGAGUGUGUGGGGACAAAGCUUCUGGGUUUCAUUAUGGAGUGCAUGCAUGCGAAGGUUGCAAGGGUUUCUUUCGCAGAACAAUCCGUUUGAAAUUAAUAUAUGAUCGAUGUGACCUCAACUGCCGCAUUCAUAAAAAAAGUAGAAAUAAAUGUCAAUAUUGCCGAUUCCAAAAGUGCCUUGCAGUUGGAAUGUCGCAUAAUGCUAUUAGAUUUGGGCGAAUGCCACAAGCUGAGAAAGAGAAACUCUUGGCAGAGAUUUCAAGUGACAUCGACCAGCUGAACCCUGAGUCUGCUGAUCUGCGAGCCCUGGCCAAGCUGCUCUACGAUUCCUACAUAAAGUCUUUCCCCCUGACCAAAGCCAAGGCAAGGGCAAUCUUGACAGGAAAGACAACAGACCAAUCACCAUUCGUCAUUUAUGACAUGAAUUCCUUAAUGAUGGGAGAAGACCAGAUCAAGUGUAAACAUUUGGGCCCCAUGCAAGAGCAAAACAAAGAAGUGGCCAUACGUAUUUUCCAGCGCUGCCAGUUUCGCUCAGUGGAAGCUGUUCAGGAAAUCACUGAAUUUGCCAAAAGCAUUCCAGGUUUUGUGAGUUUAGACCUCAAUGACCAAGUAACUCUCCUGAAGUAUGGAGUGCAUGAGAUCAUCUAUACGCUCCUAGCCUCCAUGAUGAAUAAAGAUGGUGUUCUCAUAUCCAAUGGACAAGGAUUCAUGACUCGGGAAUUCCUAAAGAGUUUGCGGAAACCUUUCUGUGACUUUAUGGAGCCAAAAUUUGAGUUUGCUGUCAAAUUCAAUGCACUGGAAUUAGACGACAGCGACUUGGCAAUAUUUAUAGCUGUCAUUAUUCUCAGUGGAGAUCGCCCUGGAUUACUGAAUGUGAAGCCUAUUGAAGAUAUUCAAGAUAGUUUGCUGCAAUCGCUAGAACUCCAAUUAAAGCUGAAUCACCCAGAAUCAUCACAGCUGUUUGCAAAAUUGUUGCAGAAAAUGACAGACCUCAGACAGAUUGUAACAGAACAUGUGCAGCUGUUGCAAAUUAUAAAGAAGACGGAGACAGAUAUGAGCCUUCAUCCACUCCUACAAGAAAUUUACAAGGAUUUGUAUUAAGGGUCAUCAGAUUUCUAAUUCAUUUACUUAAGUACGUUCAUCAAAUUGCACUAUUUCUUUAAGAGGGAAAAUAUUACAUACCUAAGAAAUUACUGUGAAAAAAAAAACAUUUAAAAA